AUGGUUUUAUGUCUGCAUCAGCGGCCCCCAUUGGAGCGAUUUCGAGUCCUGUGCGCCGUAUGCCUUGUCUUUGAUGCCAUCUUCAUGCUGAUUUUCGUCUUGUCGGGAAUGUCUGCCAGUGUCCUUUCAGCGGAGACACUCUGCUACGAGCAAAAUGGGUAUUCUUGGCACAAUAUCCUGGCCUUGAGUUUCAUCGUGUCAGCGAUAUUCGCUGGUUGGGGUGUUCUACUGCAUGGUGGCGUUGUUACCAGCGGCGAGGGUGCACCACUGAAGGAAGCACAGCUGGUAGGCGUUUCUCGAUAUGGCCACAUCCUCGUGGCUUGGACGUUUAUUGCAGCAGUGCUGGAAGCGAUAGCCUACAGGCAACAACCUGCUGCUUGCAUGGGAGACGGGGAGGCGGCAGUGGCCCAGCCAACCCUCACGACAGAUAAUGGCUUGACCGACAGUCAUGUCGAGGCAGUGUGGCACUUGGUGUCCACGGUGAUGUGGCUGGUGUGGGUGGUGGGUGCGGUUGCUGCCGCAAUGUCCGCGAAACGAAACAUACCACUGCUCUUAGAAGCAAGGUCGCAGGCAGAGAGCCCCCCAGAACGAGAUAGCGCUCAACUUGUGGGAGUUCCGGUGGAGGAUCUGCCCAUGGGCACGGUCACGGGGAUUGCUUCCGGCGCCGCUCAAGGGGGCGCUCCCGCAGGGGAAUGCCUGCAGUGGCAGGCUCGAUCGGAGCUGAUGGAGUUUGUCAAGGCAUGCCUGUUCGGGACGAAAGCGGCAAUGUUUUCACUCGAAAGCUACGGCCAACUGUCGCCCAAUGCAGAGCGACAGUCCAUCAUGACUACGACGGCACGGUAUGGGCUGCAGCCACCGCAUGGCGAAGCGGGCGCUGCGGCUGGCUUGUGCGAGGGCCUCUGCACAGCUGGGCACCAUAGCGAGUUCCAGGCCUUCACCGGAUCGGUCAGAGCACAAACCGGAUCGAGGACUUCGCUUCGUUCUGUCGCUGAAACUGGCCUGUCCCAGCUAGCUGCACUGACCACGCUGUCGAUUGACACCGGCGACUUAGCAAUCAUCAAGGAAUAUGCAGAGACCGGGCUGAUUACCGAUGCAACGACGAACCCUUUGUUCGUCAGCCAAGCUGGAUUGAGUGGAGAUCCGGUUUACGUUGCAUUCGUGGAAGAUGCGAUCGAGUACGCGUGUGGGAAGGUUGAAGGCGUGGAUGAAAGGGUUGCCCUCGCGAUGGACAAGCUGGCAGUAAAUCUGGGAGUGGCGAUUUCUAAGUUGGUGACCGGGUACAUCUCCACCGAGGUGGAUCCGAGAUUGAGUUUCGACAAGGAAGAGACCCUUCGCCGUGCGCGUCGUAUAAUUGCCUUGUACGAAGAAGCUGGUGUACCACGCGAGAGAGUUCUCAUAAAGCUUGCAGCCACAUGGGAGGGCAUUGCAGCGAUGGCGGAACUAGAGAAGGAGGGUAUCACCUGUAACAUGACGCUGGUGUUCGGGUUCGUGCAAGCUGUAGCAGCCGCGCAGUAUGGUGCAAGGCUUAUUUCACCUUUUCCUGGCCGAGUGUUGGACUGGCACAAGCGCAGCUCAGGCAAAGAGACGUGGAGCCCCCGGGAGGAUCCAGGCGUCGUUGCUGUCGAGAGGAUGUAUUCCUAUUACAAGAAGUACGGCCACAACACGAUCUGCAUGCCUGCCAGCUGGCGGCCUUCCAGGGGCGCUGGUCACGAUCUGGACGAAAUCCAGGCGUUGGCAGGAGUUGAUAGAAUGACAAUUCCACCGGGGUUUCUCAAGCAGCUUGCUGAGGACACUGGCGUGUUGGAGAGGAUGUUGGAGCCGGAAGUCUCGGCAGCCAGAUGCGAGGACGAGGAGCUCUGUGGUGGGCAGAUGUCGGAGGUUCAGUUCCGCCUGCUCUUCAACGAAGAUGCAUGCGCCACGGAGAAGACCGCCGAGGGCCUGAGAGCGUUCAUCUCCGACACCAACAAGCUUGAGGCCGCGCUGCGGCAGAAGAUCCAAGCCGUGGCCUGA